UAGCCAAUCAACUUUUUACCCUUUCAGAAAUGAGAUAGCUGAAAUAAAACGAUAUAAAAACUUUUAUUUAGCGCAAAAUGUUUCUUUUACUUUAAAGUUAAGAUAACGUUAUAUAUAAUUCAUACGUAUGAGAUUCACACGUAUUAAAUUUAAAGCCAGUGUUAAUAAUAGGUUGGAGCUAUCUACAAAUGAUAUAUUAUCACGUGCUUUGUAAUAAAGUGUGGUAUUGUGAUAACAUAUGAGUUAACCAAGUUAGGUUAUUAUAAAAAGGACAAUGUUUUACCUAUUUUAUGAUGUUUAUAUGUGAGUGAAUUCAAGUAAAUUCAACUGAACACUAUUCAAUAACCACCUACAUCUAUUUUGUGAAUAUUAUAAUAAUAACGUAGCUACACAUUUAAUGACAAUGGAUUUGUCAACUAUGCCACUUGUAGCACUCUCUGCUGAAAGCAAACAAGUUGUAUCGAUGCUCUUAAAUCCUACAAAGCAUCUACCAUCUGAAAAUGGCUUGCCAAGGGACUGGAGAGGUUUGGCAUAUUUGUUAGAGUUCAGUGCAAAAGUUAUAUCAUUGCUUUCAUCACAUUCUAAUCCAACAAUACAAAUGUUGACAAUAUUGGAGCAAAAACAACAAAAUACUACAAUAAAAGAUUUUCAGAAGAUAAUGGAACAAAUAAGCAGAUGGGAUAUUGUUGAUGAUACAGAAGAUAUUUUUGAAAAAGAUGCUAUAAGAUAUUUGGAAGAAAAGCAAAGAGCUCAAGUAUCAGCAAAUAUAAUAGAGCAGAAUAUUGAUAAAAAAAUACUUACACAAGGAGAUGUUCAUAGAUUGAGAGAAGGCUUAGAAACAGAAUAUUAUGAUGCAUUUCUUUUAUAUGCAAAUGAAGAUGUUAGUUUUGCAAGUGAAAUGGUAGAAAAACUUGAAAGAGAAUACAAGUUAAAGUUAUGUUUAAAAGAUCGAGAUUUGGUUGCGGGUAUAACAUUUGAACAUGAAGCGGUAAUGAAGAUAAUAUAUGAACGGUGCAAUAGAGUAUUGAUUAUAAUAUCACCUGAUUUCUUAGUAAGCGCUGCAAAUAAAUUUUUCAUGAAUUAUGCUCAAGCUUUAAGCAUUGAUACACGACACAGAAAAAUCAUACCUUGUCUAUAUAAAAGAUGUGAAUUACCAAUGCAAUUAAAAUAUAUGUUUAUUUUGGAUUAUAAUCGUAGAGGAUUAUAUGACUUCUGGGGCAGGUUACGUGAUUCUAUACAAGCUCUAAAUUCUAAUGUUGCAUGCACACAGAAGAUUACAGAAGUAACAAAUAGUUUGCCUGAUAAAUGUAGUGAUAUAUGUAGUGAUAUACCUCAAGCUUGCCAAGAAACAAAAGAAGAAAUGUCCAAAAAUACACAACAGAUUGAAAAUUGCGUUGUCAGAAAUAUAAAUGAUACAAAAGUUUUAAAUUCUGAGACUAAAAAAAAUAAGAUGUUAAAAUGGGUGAAAGGUGCAGCUAGUCGGAAAAUGAAACAAACUAAACCAAAUGAUGCUUUGAUUAUGGAGAAACUUACGAAUUUGCCAUCUUUAGAUAACUUAGAUAGUUUGGAUCUGACCACUGAUGUAUACAAAAAGAAAAAAAAGAAAAAUUUAUUUGAUAAAUUUAUAAAGAAAGGGCAAAUGAGGAAAAUUUCUCUGCAAGUAUGAUACAAUUUAUUGUAUGACGAUAAUACUCUAUAUACAAUUAUUUUUUAUGCAUUUUGACAAGAUAUACAUUGUAAAUAAAAGAGGAAAAAAAUAUUGAAAUAUUUAUAGAUUUGUAAUAUAUUCGUAUUAUGUUUAAUUAUUGGUUAUUAUUCUUUUUUACUAAAAG